CAUAUCGCAUGUCAUUGUAUUCCUUUCGACACAAACCGUUGAACUUUGAAAUCCUUAACAAUUUUUCAAAAGAUAAAUGAAAGCUAUAAAAGGCACGUUCUUUGCCAAGAAAUGAACAGUUUCCUUCGGUAUCUCGAAUAAAACGGAUAUCCUUUGCUUUUGUUCGCUGUUCAAUUUAAUAGAACGUACGAAAAGUAUAAAUCUUCGGUUCUUAUUUCUUGGAUAAAAAAAGUGAUUUCGGAGGCAUUGUGCUGUUGAAAAAAAUACAAAAAAAAAUAUUAUAAAGGUAUAACCAAAAAAAAGGUGUCAGUGUCUUCUAAGAUUUAAAGUGCUAUCCCAGGCAUUGUGUGGAAAUACUUUGUCGCAUAAAAAAGGAUUAAUUUGUUUUCAGAUAAUACAGGUGACAACCAGAGUUAGAGAUACUUAUAAUCUGAUAUUCACCCUCGCAGGAUAUCUAUGAAUUGCUUUCGUGUUAAAUUUAAUAAACAUUAAAUCAAUUGAUUGUCUGUUUGGAAUUAAUUUAACAAAAAAAAAAAAACAAAAAAAACAACUUCACCGAAUCAACACCCGAAGAGGGUGAGAACAACAACAAUAACAAGAAGCUAAUAGACAAGAGAAGAAGAAUAAGUGAACGUUUUUGAAGAUGUAUGGAAUGUUAUUGGAAAGUGUUCAGCAUUACGUGCAGGCUGAAUAUGGACCGGAUAUAUGGAAGCAAGUCUGCCAAAUUGUUGAUUGCAAGCACAGUUCAUUCAAAACUCAUCAGUUGUACCCCGAUCAUCUAAUGCCAGACCUUGCUUCAGCCCUUUCCGCUUGUACAGGAGAAUCUUUUGAUUCAUGCAUGAAUUUUUAUGGAAGAUGUUUUGUAAGGUUCUUCAGUAAUUUUGGUUACGACAAAAUGAUUCGUGCAACAGGUCGUUUCUUCUGCGAUUUCUUGCAAUCCAUUGACAACAUUCAUUUACAAAUGCGAUUCACUUAUCCCAAAAUGAAAAGUCCUUCUAUGCAACUGACUCACAUGGACGAAAAAGGAGCUAUGAUUGUGUACCGAAGUUCAAGGACUGGUUUGUCAAAGUAUCUAAUUGGACAGAUGACAGAAGUAGCAGAGGAAUUCUAUGGACUCAGGAUAAAGGCCUACGUGACUGAAAGUCAAAAUGACAUAACUGGAGGCACUGCUGGACCAAUAAAAUUGACCGAUACUCCCAAGACUGUUAUUGUUAAAUACAGAAUCGAUUUUGAUAAUGCUGAUUAUAUGGCAACAAGGGUGAAUGUCAUGGCGCAUCCUUCUCAACUGUGCUUGCCACAUGUUGAUUUGAAUAUAUUCCUGGAGCUUUUUCCUUUCACAUUGGUUUUGAAUCCCCAAAUGGAGAUUACACACGCUGGUGAAAAGGUUAUUGAGAUGUGGAUACUUCAUAAUCCUGGAAAACCACCAAAAAGUUUCAUUGGCUCCAAAAUAACAGAACAUUUUACUUGUCGUCGCCCAAAGGGUACACCCUUUGAAUGGCAAGUUAUUCGACAAAUGAAAACGGUUUUGUUCGAAUUGAUGUUAAUUCGAACGGGCAAAAGCAAGACUGCAGAUUUGCAAGCGGCGGUUUUGAAUGCUGAAUCAGAUAUGUACGAUGAAUUGUCAUUACAAGCAUAUAAUUAUAUGAGAGGUGCUGAGGAGGAUGAUGAUGAUGAAGAGGAUGCAGCUGGCGAUCGAAAGGCUUCGCAGGGUACUAAAGGAAUUUUACUUAAAGGACAGAUGUUUUAUAUUACGGAUAUGGAUUCACUUAUUUAUCUUUGCAGUCCACUCAUUGAAAACCUUGAUGAACUCCAUGGAGUUGGCUUAUACCUUAACGAUCUGAAUCCGCACGGCUUGAGCAGGGAAUUAGUUAUGGCUGGAUGGCAACAUUGCUCCAAAUUGGAAAUUAUGUUUGAAAAGGAAGAACAGCGAUCUGAUGAGUUGGAGAAAUCCCUCGAGCUAGCUGAUUCAUGGAAGAGACAAGGAGAUGAACUACUUUAUUCAAUGAUUCCACGACCUGUAGCCGAACGCAUGCGACGCGGUAUUGAUCCAAUGGCCUCAUGUCAAAGUUUCGAAGAAGUUUCCGUCAUAUUCGUGGAAGUCAUGAACGUCUAUACAAAUUCCAAUAAAAUCCAAGAUGCAAUGUCGGCCGUAAAUACCCUGAAUACCGUAUUCUCAGCAUUUGAUGAGGAAAUUAUUUCGCCAUUGGUGUACAAAGUGGAAACAGUUGGAAUGAUUUAUAUGGCAGUGAGUGGAGCUCCAGAUAUAAAUCCAUUGCAUGCCCAACAUGCUGCCGAUUUGGCUCUAAGAAUAACAAAGAAAAUUAAAGGAUUGGGAUUGCCGGAGGUUGCCAUAAAAACUGGAAUCCAUUCGGGUCCAGUUGUUGCUGGUGUUGUUGGACUUAAAGUACCGAGGUAUUGUUUGUUUGGUGAUGCUGUGAAUACAGCCUCGCGAAUGGAAAGCAGUGGAGAGCCGUACAAAAUUCAAGUUUCCAAUUAUACGGCUAGCAAGAUUCGACCACAUGGUUAUAUUGUGGAAUCUCGUGGAUAUGUUAAAGUUAAAGGUAAAGGAGAAAUGGAAACAUUUUGGUUACUUGCUGGACCAGACGAAGAAGGUGCGGAACAACAAAAAUAAAUACAUAAUGUUAGUUUUGGGAAUGAGUAAAUUGAAUUGAGUUUAAGGGAAACAAAAUUGUGAUGUUAAUAAGAAAAUAAAGUGCAUAUAAAAUCUGUUUGUAUAGAAUGA